UGACGAAGUCAUGUUCAUACGGAAUACAAUGCAAUGCACGGACAAAUUAAUCUAAAUAUAAUGGUAUUGUUUAACCGAAGAAAGAAAAUCAUUGUUUUGACGUCUCUGCUUGCGUUUGCCAACAACAACAACAAAACUGUCGAAAGGUGUAUUUCAGUGACUGCACCUAGGGAGACUAGCAUGAUUAUACAGAGGUAGAAUUUCUCCAGGCAGACAUGGACCCUGCCUUAGACUUUUUAAGUUAUUCCAAAGUGUCUCACUUCUCGCAAAUCACACCAACCAUGAAUGAGACUGAACCAGAACUUUGGACUGAAGACUCCAGCAAUAAUGGAAGUCAGUCAAGCAGCGAAAUGGCGGAUCAACAUCACUGGGAAACUAAUACAUUUAUUAUGUACCAGCAAAAGUCAGGCUCGUGUUCUGAAUCAAGCCCUGAGAGCAGCGAUGAUAAGACAGACUUAGAGGCUUCUUGUGGGAAUACAGACAGCGUUGGAAGUGAGGAGGGAGCCAACUUUUACUCCUCCGUAGAUCUGAACAAUAUGCCCACAACCCUUACUAAUAUGGAACAUGAACUCUUCCUGCCUGGGGGAGAUUGUCAGGAACUAUUGGGUCAAGCAGAUUCGAAUGAUGCAGAUAUGCCCUCUAACAUUGAAUUGUCCCCCUCUAAAGACAGUAAGCAUAGUAUGCUGAGAUAUCCGCCAUGUGCUGUUUGCUCUGGAAAAUCCUCCGGCAUGCAUUACGGCUGUUACACUUGUGAGGCUUGUAAGAAUUUCUUUCGACGGUACCUUCUUCGCAGCGAUGGUUUUCAGUGUAAGAAAAAUAAUAAAUGUGAGGUAUUGAACAGAAGUCGGGGGAACUGCUCAGGUUGUCGCCUUAAGAAAUGUCUUGAAGUUGGAAUGGCAAAGGAAAAGUCAAAGAUAGGUAGAUACACGCAUGCUCAACGUACGGAGACCAUCCGAAAAGUGAAGAAACUCGAGGGGAAAGAAGACAUCAUUGACAAGAUUGAGGACAUGGCCAAUGAGCUUACAGUUGUCAAGAGCGAGCCAACUAAUGAGCAUAAAGACAUUGCUGGGAAUAAACUAAGCGAGGAAGAAAAAGAUCUUGUUAAUACUCUUGUUGAGUCCAUGGAUGCUAUCCAGCAUUUUGGAGAGAGAGGAUCCACGCCGGAGGGUCGGACUGAAAUCAUCAAGGAGCAUUACCAGAAAUAUUUGGCCAAAGUUGAAUUGUUUGGACCCCUGAGAGCUAUUCCGAAGGAGGAAUAUUUUACCUUGUUAAAGUUGCAUAAUAUUGAUCUCGAUGGACGUUGGACCUUGUUUAAACAAGAAGCGAAUAACUGUUCUCACAUUGUGCAGAGAUAUUGCCAGUUUGCCUACAAAAUCCCAGGGUUUAUUGAGUUGUCAAUGAAAGAUCAAGAGUCGUUGCUAAAAGUCGGCCAUUGUGACUUCUUCACGAUCUUAUUACAUGAGGGCUAUGACCAGGAACGAAAGAUUUUCCUGGAAAUGAAUGGUGUGCCUUCCCACGUUGAGGAAGCAGCAGACAAAAUAUUUUCACGAGAAAUCGUAGAGCUUCAAACAGAAAUAUCAACACGAUGGCAGAGUGUCAACUUACUGAAAGAAGAAAAAGCGCUCUUGUUAGCCAUGGCCUUAUUGUGCUCAGAUAGAAUUGAUUACGAAAAUGUACAAAGUAUCGAGGCCCUCCAUGAUAGAAUCACAAACAUACUGAUAAAAGUCAUGGAAUCAGAAUUUGGCAAGGAUUCCCAAAAGCGCUUUGCGAAGUUCAUUGACAUUUUGACAUUCUCGCGAGAGGCUUCGUAUGCUUAUUACAAAGAGUAUCAGCAGAUGAGUAGUGAUGAAAUGGUUACCAUGGCAGCACCAGAAUUCCCCACCCUGUGCCCAGACGACUUCGGUGAAGCAAGUCAAUUCCCAUACGCAAUGAGUCUGUCGUCCGACGAACAAUCGAAUGAGUCUGCGAACUCCAACACAUUGUAUCCGGCAACGCCUUUGUUCGGCAAUCAUGUAUCAACAGCCAACGUUUCUAUGCCAAAAAGCAGUGUUUUGGUGUCAGAUGAUUCAACGUCGGUCAGUGGAAAUUCGGCGUUGAACGUAACAAGGAGAAACAACAAUCCUUUGGCAACUAACGGAAAUAUGUCAAUCAGCGGUGGUUCUUCGUCUAACUCAGCAAUGCCAGUAGACGUUCGGUCUCCGCCGUCCGUGAUAUCCAUAUCGAGUGAAUCUGAAGAUGGGUCUACCUGUCCUGUACCGGAUGAGCGAGGGUCGCGUCGCUAUGACACCGUUAACGCUACCAACAAAAGCGGCGAAGUCACUGAAGGUGGGGCCGCUAACAAAGCCUGCAACAAGACGAAUGUCGGAUCCAAGGAGGACAUAAACCAACUAUCGAAACCGGAUGGUGGAAAUAGACAUUAUAUUGUAAUUAAUGCGGAUAGCCAGAUAGCAUCCUCAAUAUCAAGGGACAGUACAUGUUACCUUCUUCCGCAGUCGGCGAUGUCAAGUGAGAGCCUUCCUGUCGGUGGUCACGUCAUUCCGUUGUACUUAGUGAUAAAUAAUCACAGCACAGCCGCCGUGGCCUCUGGUGCUGUUCCCCAUAUGCAGCAGGAUGUACAACACUCGCAGGGACGGUUAACAAAUCUUCCAAAUAUGGCAACUGGUCCUGCUCAAACGUUUCCACAGGGGUCCAUUGAACCAUCGAAGAGAAAUGAUACCGUCACUGCCUCUACCACAGACAGUUCAAUGGAAAAGCUUGUUAGUGACACAUCGAACAAAAGCCAAACAAAGCCUAAACAAAAACAAAGUGCCAGGAAGUUUGACGUCCUAAAGUUCCCGCCUUGCGAGGUGUGCGGCGGGGAGACGUCCGGUAUCCAUUUUGGAUGCUACACGUGCGAGGCAUGCAAGAUUUUCUUCCGGAGAUGUCUGAAAAGGUUGGCGGGAGACAAUAGUGCUCAGAACUGUGGAGGCCAAGGUCAAAGCCCGAAACAGCUAGUUUGUGGGCAAAAUGGAAAUUGUGAGGUCAGUUUCAGGAAUAACAAGAUGAACUGCUCUGCUUGUCGGUACAACAAAUGUGCUGCGUUGGGUAUGUCGGUGGACAGAUGUAAAAAAGGAAGGCUAACGUACACACAGAGGACUGAAACUAUCAAAAAGGUGAGAAUACUUGAAGGCAAGGAUGUUGAACCAAUGCCCGGAAUUUCCGGUGAAUGCAGCGUCCGCGCGGGAGAUACGGCGACAGAAGCAGCGCCUACGAAAGACGUUUACGGCGCCUUAAUAACUAAAGGCAUCCGAACUGUGAAAGGACGAGCUGAGCAUAGAGAGGUAUCCAGGGAUAUAAUCGACGACCUGGUGUCCUCUAUGCGGAACAUCCGGCCAUGGGGAGACGAAUUGGAGGACGAUACGACGAGAGAGGAGCGUAUCAAGGAACACUAUGACCGCUACAUGAUAAAGGUUGGCGUGUUCGGCUCAAUGGGGGGUGUUUCGCAGGAGGAAUAUAUGAACCUGCUCCAGAACUACGGCAUUGAUCUAGACGGGGGCUGGACCGAGUUCGCUAAAUACGCGGGGGAAUGGGAACACAUUGUAGCGCGCUAUUGUAAAUUUGCGAAGCAAAUUCCAAAUUUUACGAGAUUAUGUGUUGACGACCAGAUUAAACUCUUGAGGCACACCCAUUGUGAUUUCUUCGUCAUUCUUAUGCACAGGGGCUACAGAGAGGAGUACAAUAUAUUUCUAGAGCUAAACGGCAUUAUCUACCAUGUAGAAGAGGCGUCAGAUAGGUUAUUUUCCCGGGAAGUUAUUCAAGGCAUGGUUGUGAUGAUGUCAAAACUCCAAAAACUGAAUGUUACGAACGAAGAGAUGGCUGUCCUGGUUGCCCUCUCGACCAUGUCAACUGACCAAUGUCAGCUAGAAAAUCCCCAACUAGUCGAGGAGACCCAGCUUCAAUUAGCGGAUCUGUUGCUGAGCGGGAUGCGCGCACAGCAUGGAACAAUUGAGGGGUCGAAACGUUUCACGAAGUUCGUAGAUUUUCUGACAAAAAUGCGGGAAUUUUCGGAGGUUUAUUACAAGGAGUACAAGACAUUCUGCGAACACGACAUUGUGAAACAAAACCUGCCAGAUAUGACUGUGCUUUGUCCUGAUGAUGGAUGAACAUAAUUAUGGCUUAAGAUAUAUGUACAUUUUCCUCUAAAUUUGUGCUUCCACUUAUUUUUCAAAUGUCAUAUUAAUGUACCGGUGUAAUAUAUUCAUUGUUCAUGUAGUAAUAGUUUCAUUACUCAUUCGCUUUUUAAGUCUAUACACAUUCCAUAAUGAUAGAGACUUCUAUUUACUUUUAAAAGCUUCUAUUAACACUAUUAAAUUUGUCAAAAUAUAUAUUCCGUCGUUUGAAUGGUUAAAGGGAAGCAACUCUAUCUAGGUACGGUCAUUCUAUGGCAAUUAGUCUGCAAAAUAAUUCAAACAUAAACAUGUUAAAAUAU